CCAAACAAGAAAAUCACUUUUGGCCCCUCCUGCGACCCAUCCUUUUCCUCACUCUCUCGUUACUUAGGGACUGUUGGCGGUCACGUGACGGCUGCUGGAUUUCCCAACAUGGCGGCGAGAGUAGGAGAAGCAGCAGCCACAGCAGCAGGAGAAGCGCGGGCCGUGAGGCGGAGGAGCUCUUGAAGCGGGAGGGCUGCCUGCCUUCCUCCCUUCUUCCCUCGCUCCCUCGUUCUCCUCCUCCUCUGCCCCUCGGUUCUCCUCUCCCGCGCUUCGCCCGCAGCCAUGAGGGAGAAAGGCCGCAAGAAGAGGAAGGGCAGGACCUGGGCCGAGGCCGCCAGGACGGUCCUGGAGAAAAAUCCCAACACACCCAUGAGCCACAAAGAGAUCCUCCAUGUCAUCCAGAAAGAAGGCCUGAAAGAGAUCAACGGGACCUCUCCCCUCGCCUGCCUGAAUGCGAUGCUGCACACCAACUCCCGAGGGGACGAGGGCAUUUUCUACAAGGUCCCCGGCAGGAUGGGCGUCUACACCCUGAAGAAGGAUGUCCUGGAUGGGCUGAAAGAGCUAUCGGAGGGGUCCGAGGAGAGCAGCGACGCGCAUUUGGACUCGCCUGUGUCGGAAAACAGCAGCAGCGAGAGGAGCAACAGCGGGCAGAGCAGCAGUAGCAGCAGCAGCAGCAGCAGCGAGAGGAGCAGCCCCAAGGACGGGCGGAAGAGCAGGUGGCGCCGGAAAGUCUCCACGCGGCUCUCGCAGGUCUCCUCCCCGCAGCUGGGCGCCCCGUCCCCUUCCAGCAAAGCCAUCUCUUCCUCCCAGAAGCACAGCAAAAAGGCACUGAAGCAGGCGCUGAAGCAGAAGCAGCGGAAGCAGCAGCAGUGCCGGGCCAGCGCCCCCGUCCCCUCCGGCCAUCUCCUCCUCCUCCAGCCGCACCCCAAGGCGGUCAGCCAUGCCUCCGUCCCGGCAAAACCCGCCUGGGAAGGGAAGCAGUCGGACGGGCAUUCAAGCAGCCCCCCCAAUUCUACGUCCAGCUCCUCCCCUUCGGUCAAAGCCGAGCCCGCCCUCCCCAUCCUGGGCAAGAAGCCUUUCCAGAGAUCCGACAGGCUCCAUGCAAGGCAGCUGAAGAGGACAAAGUGUGCCGAGAUCGACGUGGAGACCCCGGAGUCCAUCCUGGUGAACACCAACCUGCGGGCCUUGAUCAACAAGCACACCUUCUCCCUCCUGCCGGCCGACUGCCAACAACGGUUGCUCCUGCUGCUCCCGGAGGUGGACAGGCAGGUGGGGAUGGACGGCUUGACGAAGCUCAGCAGCUCUGCCCUGAACAACGAAUUCUUCACCUCUGCGGCCCAAGGCUGGAAGGAACGGCUCUCGGAAGGGGAAUUCACUCCAGAGAUGCAGCUGAGGCUCCGGCAGGAGCUGGAGAAGGAGAAGAAAGUGGAGCUGUGGAAGGAGCGUUUCUUUGAGCGCUACUACGGCCAGAGCUCAGGGAUGAGCCCCGAAGAGUCCCAGCGACUGACUUCCUCCCCUUCUGCGGAGCAGAGCCAGGCCCAUCUUGGCAGCCCAGAGGCUCAGGUGCAGAAAAGUCCUCCAGCGCUGGCUGCAGUGGUCAAGGAAGAGCAUGCCCCUCCGGCCCUCCUGGCCCCUCCACCACCACCACCUCCAGCUGUGGCCAGUCAAGACGUCAAGAAGGAGGAGGAGAAGCCGGAGCAGCGUCCAGCCUCCCCUGGAAUACCGGCAGAGCCUGUUGGGAGCAGGGUCCCCUCUCGGCUCAGCAGACCGUCCAGGGGGGCCGAGGAGCCUGCCGUGGGGGAGAAGCAGGAGGAGAAGCCACCACCUGGGAAAGAGGAUGCAAGCAAGCCAAAGAACCUCUCCCCUGCUGUCGCUGCCACCACCGCUGCUGUUGCUACUGUGGCUUCCACCACGGUGGCCCACCCUGCUCCUCAGCCCAGUCCCAGAGAGGAGGUCCAGACGGCGCCUGCCGCAGAGACCCCCACCACCAGCACGGAGCAAAUGGACACCAGCACCCGCCCCCUGAAGAGGAAGCCGGAGGGGACGGAGGAGGCGCCGCUGGCCCCGGAGAAGCGUCCCCACGUGGAAGAGAAAGAGGCCCCCACCCGCCCGCCUUUUCAGGCCCCCCCGCAGCACUUUCCCACCGCGCCUGUGCCAAAGGUCCCUCCGCUCAGGAUCCCCGUCUCCAGGCUCCAGGGGGUCUCUGUGCCCUUUCUUUCUGGCCAGGGCCCCUCUCCCCAGCCCAACUUGCCCAUCACCAUCCCCACCCCCCGCCGGACAGGGGCCCGCACGCUGGCCGACAUCAAGGCCCGGGCCCAGAUGGCCAGGGCUCAGCGGGCAGCCGCCGUCGCUGCCCAGGCCGCCGCUGCUGCCGCCGCCAGUGCUGGUACUGCUGCGUCCGUCGCAGGGGUCAUCCCAGGCCCGGGGCCCGGCGGGGGGAGAGUGGAGGGGCACAGUGGCCCAGGGCCAGGGGGGCCUUGUGGAGCUGCACUGGACCUGGCUGGCCCCACAGGAAGCGGUUCGGGCCAACGAAGACUCGAGCCAACCAGCAGCGGUCCCUCGCCCACAAAACCAGCAACGACGGCGUCCCUCGGGAGUGUUGCUGGAGCACAACUACAGCAAAGGCCCCCAGGCCAGACCAGACCGGCCAGCACAGAGGCCCCGUCCACCACCCGGCCGGCAGAAGGGAGCGCCAGCCACACGGGCCCCAGACUUGUGAUGGUCACCGCCACCCAGAGCGCCCACGCUCCCUCUGCCCCAAGCACAGCUCCCUCUCAACGCACAGAAGGGCCCCAGAGAACCUUGCCCCCUUCUCAGGGCCCCACCAUGACCCCUAGGACAGAAGGCGCAGGGGCCGUUUGUGGGAGCAGAGCCCCCCCUGGACCAUCCUUGUCUCAGGCGGCACCUUCCAAGGCACCCCCUCACCCUCCACUUUCUCAGGCGACGCCCGCGAUGCCCCCUCCCUCCCGGAGCCUCAAUGUCCCCGCCGGAGCCUUGGGCGGCAGCCCUCCUUCCCUGCGCUCCAGCUCCAGCAUUCCUGCCAACAACCCGCUGGUCACUCAGCUGCUGCAAGGCAAAGAGGUCUCCAUGGAGCAGAUCCUCCCCAAGACCCACCUCAGAGCGGACGUCAAGGCGGUGACGAUGCCCACGAGGGAAGGGCAGGCCCCCACCACCGCUCCCGCCAGGACCUUGCCGCCAAGGGAAGUCAACACGGGACAAUCUCUCCCCCUCGCCUUCAGCCAGGCGGGCAGGCAGCCCCAUCGACCGGCCCCUGCUUCCUCCUUCCCGGGGCAAGACGUCUGGGGUCCUCACGCCAACCCUUGCGCCGGGCAGGAUGCCACAGCACAGCGAGUGCGGGAAGAGGUCCUCCAGCCACUUUUGCACAGGACCCCUCUUGGGCCCGGUCUGCCCUCUCUCCCUCCCCGCCUCCCACUUCUCCCCCCAGACUUCCCUCCCGAGAGCGUCUCCACCACCAACCAUCGCUCAAUACCGGGGUUCAUCGGAAGGCGGGCGUCGAAACCCGCCAUGUCCGGCCAUUACCUCCUGAACAUCUCCACCUACGGACGCUGCUCUGAAAACAUCAAGAGGCGCCUCGCCAUUCCCCCGGAAGGCCUUCUCUGCCAGGAUAGGACCCCCGAAUUGGAGCAGAAGGAGGAGGCAGCGGAGGAGUGGGUGGCUGGAGACAGUGGCGGCAGCAGUGACGGGGAAGACGGAAACAAGGGGGCCGCCUUGGCGAAAGGGGAGCCGAAAGCAGGAGGAGUUCCAGUGUGCCUCCGAACCGGACCCACGAAAGCGGAGCACGGGGCGGUGGGACGCAAGGAGGGAGCCCACCCUCCCUUCUCGGCCACCCAGGAUUACUUUGCUGCAAAGGAGCUGAUUCGGGAAGCCGGGGGCCAGGCGGCAAGAGGGGAAGCCAAACUCCCGGCAGACUCUACGCCUCCCAGACCACCGCUGCUGCUCUCCCCCUCCCAUCCAGCAGCUCGGCUUUUUGGGUCUCCCGGCGCGGCCGCCCAGCUGGUCGGGUCAGGCUACAGCGGCACCAUCAACGUCUCCGCUUCGCCGGACCUGCCCCAGGAGGCGCUGCUGACGGGCCUCUCGGACCCCGGCCGCAUGGGGGAGGUGGUCUCCUUCUCUGUGACCGUGACCACCAUCCCGGCUGGCCAGGCGGUAAGCAGCCCAGCCAGUCCCGGGCGGCAGCCCUCCCUCCGCGGCCAGGUCUUCCCAGACGAGGGGGUCCUGGAGGAGCUGCCCUCCAAGUGCUACUGCCGCCUGAAAGCCAUGAUCGUGUGCCAGGGCUGUGGGGCCUUCUGCCACGACGACUGCAUCGGACCCUCCCGGCUUUGCGUCUCUUGCCUGGUGGUGCGGUAGUGGGCACAAAAGGGGGGGUGGAGGGAGGGUCUUGGGGUCCCUUCCUCCCCUCCUGCCUUGGGAGCGAUGGAAGCACCUUGGAUGGACGAGAUGAGCGUUUGCACUUAAGGAAUCAUGUAAAUAGGUUGCGUUGUUCUGUCUUAAAGAAGUUUGUACGUCCCCCUGCCCCACCUCUCGAGAUCGGAUGCUUGAUGGUCAGUGAGAGGAUGCUGGUCCAGCCAGGCACCUUUGCACUCGUUUUUAGGGAGCUUUGUGGGUUGCUAGAAUGCUUGGUCCUGGCUCCCUUGGGUCCUUCCUUCUGCCACAUUAUAUAGAAAUGCGUAGUGUCCCAGAGGGAUGCAGCAUCAAGUGUGGGCAGCUGGGCUGCCUUCCUCAUUGCUGUCCAACUCCCUUGAAGGUAGGUAUAAGAUACCUAUGUCCUUCAGACCAAGCAGGUUAGUUCGCCCACCUGGAGGCUUCCCCAUAGACCUGCCUAGAGCUGGGUCAGGCCCAGGUGGGCAGCACCCAUUGGUAAGGGAGAUUGCAGGGUCCCGGUUUACUCCCAGGAACAGGCUUAUAGAGAAAGCUUCCUCAGAGGCAGCUGAAGCCAUGUCCUUUAGAUCCCCAUUUCCCUUCCCGCAGGAAAGAGUCACUUUAGAGGGUCUCGGAAGGGCUGGAAAACCCCCCGGGUUGUCUCUUUGGGUGGCAGACACUUCCUCUGCUUCCACCACCCUCUGGCUCCCUCUCCCCGCUGGUAUCGUUCAGGGGCACACCACAAAUGGAAAACAUUUUGGGUUGUUGUAGGUUUUUCGAGCUGUAUAGCCAUGUUCUAGAAGCAUUUUCUCCUGACAUUUCGCCUGCAUCUAUGGCAAGCAUCCAGGAGAGAAUGCUUCUAGAACAUGGCCAUACAGCCCGAAAAACCUGCAACAACCCAGUGAUUCCAGCCAUGAAGGCCUUUGACAAGACAUGAAAAACGUUUUGCGCUUCAGGCUGAAUCCAUCACUUGUCUCCUCCCCGAUUUCCUUCUUCUUUCCUGAACCUAUUUCCUACUUUUCCCCCACCGUGUCCACUCUUAUCUGAUAGUUGGCCAUUUUGCGCCAGAACCUUUCACUGUUUCUGCUGCCCUGCGAGGGCCUUCUGUUUGUGUGCCCUGAAUGGCCUGGUGAAUGCGGUUGUGCGUCUUCCUGGUCUCUGUUGUGCCUUAGGGAGUUGCAUAGCCAGAGGCAGAGAGAUCCGUGCUUGCAAGGAGCACACAGUCCCAUGACAAUGAGA